AUGUACCGCCGGCAAUUCAGAUCCACCACUGUUCCGCCUGGUGAAAAUCCGGCAGAAACGUACCACCGGCUAAAGGGUCUGUAUCGUCGUUGGAUCCGACCGGAGGAGCACACCAAGGAGGAGGUUGGAGACGCCAUCAUCCUGGAGCAGUUUCUACGCGUCCUCCCAGGCGAUAUCCGAACCUGGGUGAUGGAGCAUGAGCCGAAGGAGGGGCUAGCGGCUGCCAAACUGACCCAGCAGUACAUCAACGCCAGGAAAGGAGCACGUCAACCAACUCCACCACCAAGGUUUCCACGCCGCGAGGGUCCAACGGUGACAGCAGCAGCUGGGCCAUAA